CAAAGUAAGUGUGAUUUAACAUUGGUACGCUAAAUUUAACAAAACAGGUCUAUAUUUGAUGUUGUUUACUGUCGAAGCGUUUACAACGUGCGAUUCUGAAGUUGAAACAUUUAUUUUGUGUUACCAGUGUGUGUAUGAGCAUACACAAAAGCCAUGCUCCAAUACACGCAAACACGUAUGGCCGCACUGUACGCAUUUUGCAUGUCAAAGUGUGCGUGUGUGUAUCUGUGCGAACGCCAUACAAUUCUAAACAUAUGAUUAGCACUCUGUAUAUAUACAGCUAUAAUCUGUUGCUAUACGAUUCCGAAUGGGCGCCGAUGACAUUUUCGGUUGCGCAGCUAUAUAGUCGUCUCUUUUGCGCCCAAUUCAAGUGUUUCGCUCGCGGUAAACGUGAAUUAGUUCGCCUUCUCUGUCGCGUUCAUAUGGUUGAUGAGCCUAAAUGAUAACUCGAGAAAUUCUUGUUUUCAUUUAUUUAACCUUAUAACAAACAUAAAUUGACAUUGUUUGCAACUGCGCGCUGGGUGUUUUGUUAAAAUUCUCUGUUGUAGUUCGACGAAUUAUACACGAUUUUAUGUAAUUUCCUGUUAAUUGAAGAGUGUAACCAGAAAGAUCUCGGCCAAAGUAUUUGUUUGUGGCACGAGAGAUAACGAAAUAUCAAAUACCGAACAAUACUCGAACUAAUUAACACGCAGGAGCAAAAGAGAUAGAUUUAAUUUUCGUCAGCUGAGCACUCGUUUUUAUCGGUAAUAUAUUAACGGUGCUCAUAGGCAGAAAGAGUGUGUGAUUUGUAUUUCAACCGGUUCGUCGAAAUGAUUUUUCAAGCUAGUCGCCUUAUAAUCACGGUGAACCACUUACAUUCGUUAAAAAGCAUCAAUCGUGUGUGGUUGCAAGGUGAUUUUCGACGAAAUAUGCAUUUAUUAUUGAACAAAACAUUAAUCAACGGCGAAUGGGUAUCAUCAUCGUCGAAUACUGAAUUGGCCGUUACAAAUCCAGCCAAUGGAUCGAUUGUUGGUCAUGUGCCUGAUUUGGAUGUGCACGAUGUUAACAAAGCCAUUGAUGCGGCCCAUAAAACAUUCCAUUCCAACGAAUGGAGCUCGUUGACAGCCAAAGAACGGUCGACACUCUUGAAAAAAUGGUAUUUACUACUUGAGAGUAAUCGCAAUGAAAUCGCUUCGAUUAUGACAAUGGAAUCGGGUAAACCGUUGGCCGAAUCAUUGGGUGAAAUAACAUAUGGUAAUUCAUUUGUGGAAUGGUUUGCUGAAGAAGCAAGACGUGUCUAUGGCGAAAUUAUACCAACACCACAGAAACAGAAGCGACUGUUUCUAACGCGUGAACCAAUUGGCGUCGCCGCAUUGAUUACACCGUGGAAUUUUCCACAUGCAAUGAUCACGCGAAAGGCAAGCGCAGCCAUUGCAGCAGGGUGUACGGUUGUAAUCAAACCGGCUGAAGACACACCGUUGACAGCAUUGGCAUUGGUGAAAUUGGCAGAGGAAGCUGGCUUCCCGAAGGGUGUUUUCAAUGUGGUCACAUGCAGUCGAAAGAAUGUUGCGGCCGUUGGUGAGGCGUUGUGCACAAGCAAACAGAUUGCCGGCGUGUCCUUCACUGGAUCCACUGAAGUUGGACGCAUUCUGUAUCGCCAUUGUGCCGAAGGCAUAAAGAAAAUCGGCUUGGAGUUGGGCGGAAAUGCUCCGUUCAUUGUAUUCGAAUCGGCCAACUUGGAGAAAGCCGUCACCGGAGCGAUGACAUCCAAAUUCCGUAACUGUGGCCAAGCCUGUGUUGCAUCAAAUCGUUUCUUGAUUCAAGACACUGUCAGCGAUGCAUUCACCGCAAAACUAUUGACUGCUAUGAAAUCUCUGCAAGUCGGCGAUGGAAAAGACCAAGGCGUACAAAUUGGACCAUUAAUCAAUACGGCACAAUUGCACAAAGUGUCGGACAUUGUUGAGGAUGCUCGUAGCAAAGGCGCACAUAUUGUUGUCGGUGGUCGACCAAUACCCGGCAAAGGUGAACUAUUUUAUGAGCCAACCGUUGUUGCAAAUAUUACGCCCGACAUGCGUUUGUACACCGAAGAAGUAUUUGGGCCAGUUGUUGCCAUUUUGAAAUUCAAGACGGAAGAUGAAGCGUUACGCAUUGCCAAUGAUACGAAUCGAGGUUUGGCUGGCUAUUUCUAUUCCGAAAAUUUGAAUCAAGUGAUGCGUGUAUCGCGUAAAUUAGAAGUUGGUAUGGUCGGAGUGAACGAAGGUUUACUAUCGACAGCCGAAGCCGCAUUCGGCGGAGUGAAAGAGUCAGGCAUUGGCCGUGAAGGUUCACGUCAUGGUAUUGACGAUUAUGUUGAAAUUAAGUACAUUUGCCUGGGCGGUUUGGAUUAAAUAUUGACACAUUAUCAGUCGCAUGCACAACAGCAGAUCAAAUAUCGAUCGGAAUUUAAAAUAUAAACAAAAAUCAACGACGUUGCCAUCAAAUCCAAAGAAUAUAUCUUUUAAUGUCUUCCAACAUUCACUAUGUAAACGCUAAUGAAAUAAACAAAAAAAAAACAUAAUUGAAACUCUUUUGAUGUAGGUACAAACAUUGAGCUGAAAAAAAGAAUGUUAUUUUUUGAAUAAAACAAUAAAGACGCAUAUCUAUUGAUUAAAUGCGUAUAUAUAUGUGUAGAGCCAUUCCAAAAGUAUGAAUAAAUGUUUACACUGGUUUAAUCACAGCUAAAAUUUCAAACGAAAA